CAGUACAAGUGCGCAGAAAUAAAUGGCGGAAUCUCUGGCAAAAUAUGGAUUAUUCGUUGACGACUUGUGUAAAAUCCGCAUCCUCGAGCCUGAGAUAACAACUCAGAGUGACAAAUUAAAAAAUGAAUGUCAUGAUUUUGUCAAUAAAAUAACCGAGUUUAAAAAAAAUUCCGAGCACUUUAUAAAUUUGCUAGACAAACUAGCGACAGAAGUUGAAAAAGAAAAAAUGCGAACUAUUGGCGCGAGAAAUUUACUGAGCUCUGUUGAGAAACAACGUGACGUACAGAAACAAAAAAUCCAAGCAAUGAUAAUUGAAAAAACAAUGGAGUUGGAGCGGCUACGAGUUCAGUAUGACUCGGUAAAAAAAAUAGAACUUGAGCAACUAGAAACAAUUGAACAUUUGACUAUUAAUUAACACACCAAUUUGUUUAUUAAAUAUUUAUAAUUCAGACAGUAAAAAUUUAAACUUAAGUUUAAUUAAAUGAAUCCUUAAUUUUUAACUAUUUAUAUAUUAAUUAUUAUUAUUAUUAUCAUUAUUAUCAUUAUUGUAAUUAUUAUUAUUAUUAUAAUUAUUGUUGUUGUAUUGUGAUUCCUAAAAAUAAUCCUUAGAUUUAAAAGGCACGUUAAAUUUUCUAGCCACUGACACACUAAAAAAAAGCAUAAUUUUGAAAAUAAAUUUUAUUUUAAAUGAAAAAAAA